GGUUGAAGAACGGGCGGCGAUCACAGAAUUCGAUUCGCCGUGUCCAGCAACCACCGACCGACGGCACGAUGACCAAGUACCCGCAUGUCUUCAAGCCGCUCGACCUGGGCUUCACGACGCUCAAGAACCGCGUCCUCAUGGGCUCCAUGCACACGGGCCUUGAGGAAGGCCGGUCGCUCACGCGCCUCGCCACGUUCUUCGCCGAGCGCGCCAAGGGCGACGUCGGUCUCAUCGUCACGGGUGGUAUUGCGCCCAACCGCGCCGGUCGCGUGAGCCCGAUGGCGGCCAAGCUCACGACGUCGAGCGAAAUCCAGCGCCACAAGGAGGUCACGACUGCCGUCCACGAAAGCGACGGCAAGAUUGCGAUGCAGAUCUUGCACAGUGGCCGGUACGGCUACCACCCGUUCAACGUCGCGCCGUCGGCCAUCAAGGCGCCGAUCGGCUGGUUCACGCCCAAGGCGCUAUCGACCUCGGACGUGCGCUCGACGAUCAAGGACUAUGUGCAGUGCGCCGUGAACGCGCGCGAGGCCGGCUACGACGGCGUGGAAGUCAUGGGCUCGGAGGGCUACCUCAUCAACCAGUUUAUCGUCGCGGGCACGAACAAGCGCUCGGACGAGUUUGGCGGCGACUACCUCAACCGCAUCAAGUUCCCGGUCGAGAUUGUGCGCCAGAUGCGCCAUGCGGUCGGCCCCGACUUUAUCAUCAUCUUUCGCCUCUCGAUGCUCGACCUUGUCAAGGAUGGCUCGUCCUGGGAAGAAAUCGUCGUCUUGGCCAAGGAACUCGAAGCCGCGGGCGCGACGAUCCUCAACACGGGCAUUGGCUGGCACGAGGCCCGCAUCCCGACGAUCGCGACCAGCGUGCCCCGGGGCGCGUUCUCGUUUGUGACGCACAAGCUCAUGGGCGAAGUGGACAUUCCGCUCAUUACGACCAACCGCAUCAACUCGCCGCAGGUCGCCGAAGACAUUCUCGCCGCGGGCCAUGCUGACAUGGUGUCGAUGGCACGCCCGUUCCUCGCGGACCCCGAGCUCGUCCUGAAGGCCAAGCUCGGCCGCGAAGACGAGAUCAACACGUGCAUUGGCUGCAACCAGGCGUGCUUGGACCACACGUUCAAGGGCAUCGCAGCCACGUGCCUCGUCAACCCGCGCGCGGGCUUUGAAACCGAGCUCAACUACCUCCCGACGACGACGCCCAAGAAGAUUGCGGUGGUCGGUGCGGGCCCCGCGGGUCUGGCGGCGGCGACGGUCGCGGCGCAGCGCGGCCACCACGUGACGAUCUUUGACGACCAUAAGGAGGUCGGCGGGCAGUUCAACCUCGCCAAGCAGAUUCCCGGCAAGGAAGAAUUUUACGAGACGCUCCGGUACUUUGAGAAGCGGCUCAAGCUCACGAACGUCGACGUGCAGCUCGGCAAGCGCGUCUCGGCGCAGGAGCUCGUAGACGCCAAGUUUGACAAGGUGGUGCUUGCGACCGGCAUUAAGCCCCGCACGCUCAAGAUCGAAGGUGCCAACCACCCCAAGGUUGUGAGCUACAUUGACGUCCUCAACAAGUCGGUGACGCUCGGGAAGCGCGUGGCGGUCAUUGGUGCCGGCGGUAUCGGCUUUGACGUGGCCGAAUAUGCGACGCACGUCGGCAAGUCCCCGAGCUUGGACAUGGGUCUCUUCUCCAAGGAGUGGGGUAUCGACCAGUCGAUUUCGACGCGUGGCGGUCUCGCCAAGGCCGACCACCCGGCGGUCGAGCGCCAAGUGUACCUCCUCCAGCGCAAGUCGAGCAAGCACGGCAAGGGCCUCGGCAAGACCACGGGCUGGAUCCACCGCCUCUCGCUCAAGCACCGCAACGUCGAGAUGAUUGGUGGCGUCUCGUACGACAAGGUCGACGACCUCGGCUUGUACGUCACGGACAACAAGACCAAGCAGCAGCGCCUCCUCGAGGUCGAUCAUGUGGUGGUCUGCGCGGGCCAGGUCCCGCUCCGUGAGCUCGAGGAGCCGCUCACCAAGGCUGGCGUCGACGUCUUCCGCAUCGGCGGCGCCGACGAAGCUGCUGAGCUCGACGCCAAGCGCGCCAUCAACAUGGGCUCGCGCCUCGCGGCGCAGAUCGAGACGAUCGCGGUCGGUGCGCCGAUCCUCCCGGAGCCGACGUUUGGCGAAAAGGUCGUCGCGUACGCGAUGAAGAAGUUUGCGCCGCAAUAACUCGUCACCAGUAGAAAUAGGAAUAAUACAAGAGCAGCUGUGAAUAGUCAUCACUCUACAUAGUUGAUAUGUGGCG